AAAUAAAACUUUGCUUUGAGAAUAACUAAGUGCUUUAAGAAAACCAGAGAAUAAUGUUUUGAAGAGUUCGUAUUUGUGGAUGAUCUUUUCGUGACUAUACUUCAUAAAAGACUACUGAAAUGAAGAUAUUAUUUGACGUAAUGCCAUCCAAAGUAAAACAAGUUAAAAGACGUCAUAGAUCCAUCCGUUCGUUGUGCAUUUUUGCACUUCUUAUAUGCAGCACCAAACUAUUUAUGAGUUACAACAUUUUUCCGACAUUCCACCUCAUGAAUCGUUUUGUAAAAAAUAGAAAAACAAUUUCCAGUAACCAAAUUUUGGAAUUUGGAGAUACGCAGGAAACAAUGUGGAAUUCAGAAGAAACAAGAUACCAAACAAAUGAAAAAUACUUCUCAUUAGGAAAUGAAUCGCAGCAAUCAAAAAUUACACAAAAUAAUAAAAUUGUCGUUGAGAAAUUGGAUGAUGGGCGUAACACAUUUCAUAUUAAAGGACUUCCAACUGCCAAAAUACGAGAAGUUAGACAUUUUUUGUCAAUCACCAAACCACCGGAAAAUAUGAAACACGAGCUUACAACACAAGCUAAACAGGUCUAUCAAAAAAGAAAAGAAAGGCUGUUGGAGACGUGUGAAGAUCAUCUGAAACAGGAAUGGUCGAACGAUAUGCAGCUUAUUUCAUCACCAGAUCAAAUAUUGACUGUUUGCGUGGUGCAAAAGGCAGGAAGUUCAAGCUGGCACAAAGUGGUGUACAAUCUGAGAAAUCCAAAUACCACUUGGAGCGGAAUUGGUCAUGGUAUCAAUCGAGAGCACGGAAUGUCCCUUCCUGAAAUUGUCAAAUACGAUCUUAUGAAUAACGAAAAUGGAACAAGAGUACUAACCGUUCGACAUCCAUUUUCGCGAAUAAUAUCUGGCUGGAACAACAAAUUUCAUAAAAACCACUUACAAUCGUCGACAAGGAUUCUCAGUGAGUUACGUGGAAUUGAAAAAUAUAUCAAUCUUUCAAAAGCGGAUGAUGAUCAUAUUAUUGCAUUUGAGGAUUUUGUUCAGUAUCUCGUCGACAGAGGUUUAAAAGGAAUAGACGCUCAUUUCCGAACAGUGGAACAACUAUGCAGGCCAUGUAAUUUUCCUUAUGACUAUAUUAGUAAAACUGAAACGUCUUUACAUCACUUGUGGUACAUAUUGGAAAGAGUGGGAGGAAAUAUGACAAAUUUUGCAAAACAUUAUGCCGUUAAAGAUGGAUUUAUUAAGGGCAAACGCGAACACUUUGACAUGUGGAAAGCAGAGCAAAAAAUUAUUUCAAAUUUUUUUGAAAAAGUGCCAGUAACAACAACAGAGAAAUUGUUUGAUUUGUAUAAAAUAGAUUUUCACAGGUUUGGAUAUACGUUCGAUAUAGAAUCAAGGAUUGCAGGAGACAAUUUGGGUUAAGUCCAACUUCCAAUUGAAAAUAUUUUCCAUAUUGGAAAA